GAGAGAGAGAGAGGAAGAGGCACCCAAAAAUGAGGCCACCCGCCACCACUACCAAGGCCGCAGACGGCGAACUUCCCCAUUGGAGCUCAACACCCAUGCCUUACCUCUUUGGCGGGCUGGCUCUGGUGCUGGUACUCAUUUCUUUUGCAUUGCUAGUUCUGGCUUGCUCCUACAAGAAGUCCCCUCCGUCAAAUUCGUCCGGCAGAGGCAGCGGCAGGGCCGGCUGCCGACGACAGAAACCAGCCUGCGAAGCCCCGCAGGAACGGCUGCCGGAAACAGAGCCGAAGAUCGUCGUGAUCAUGGCCGGAGACGAGAAUCCGACGUACCUGGCGAAGCCCAGCUCUUCUCCUGUUUAGGCUUUUGAUGUUCUGAUAUUUUACCACAAUAAUUCUUUCAUCCCA